AUGACUCGUACUAGGUCUUCUGUGUCUCUCCCUUCAUCUGGCGCUGCCGUUGAUUAUCGCAAUUCUUUAAGUUCGUUCGUCACUAAUAUUGAUAGAGAGUCUUUGGGUGAAAUUCGUGAUGAUUUUGGUAUUCCAGUUGCUUAUUCUCUUUCAGUCUGUGGUGCUCGUAUGAGUGCUAAUGAGAAUGUGGGAGAUGGCAAGGUAAUCGUUUAUAAGGAGCAAUUCCGUUGUGGCCUACGUUUCCCUUUAGAUCCUUUGAUUGAGUCUUUUGUUAAAGACUAUGGGAUUCCCUUAGGUCAGAUCCAUCCAAACGCCAUUCGUGUCUUGUGUUGCUUUAUUGAGUUAGUCUGUGACAGAGGCCUGUCUCCUUCUUUGGGUAUGUUGAAUGAGCUUUUCUUCAUAACGCGUAGGAGUAAUGAAUUUUAUCAUCGUUUGGCUGCUCAUCGAGGUAAACGUCUGAUUGACGCUCUGCCAAAGAUUACUAAGCGUUGGCAACGUUCUUUCUUUGUUGUGGGUCACGAUAGUGCUUUUGCUAACUUCCCCUGUGACUGGGUGGAUGAGUCUGAGUCCCUAUCUUUUUCUCCCCUAUGCGUUACUGACUCAGAAGCCCUAGAUUCUUUAGUGGAUAAUGCCCAGUCUCAGUUAUUUGAUUGUUGUGACCUAGUGGAUAGGUACUUGUACCGUAAGUUCCCUCAUAUUGAGUUGCCUCCUCGUACUGUGAUUGAGGGGCCUCUUGAGAGUGAUGGUACCCUGUCCCAGUCUUGCCGUUCUCCUUCACCUCUAUCUUUUGUAGAUUUGACGUCUGCGUCUCAGGGUAUGCUUCUUGUUAGUCCUUGUUUUGCUUUUAUUAUAUUUAGAUGUUUAUUUAUGCGUGUUGCCUUUGCAGGAAUGGGGGAGGACUUUCUUGAUGCUUUGACUCUGUCUUUUGAUGAUGAUUCUGCUGUCAUUACUGGGUCUCGUCCUGCAUCCUUGCCUCCUCGUCCUUCUGUCAAGAUUGAGAAGGGCGUUGAGACUGGACUUCCGGCUUCCUCUAGCAAGAAAGGGCGUGAUCUCCGUGACCGAACCAGACAGGGGCUUGCGAAACGCCUUAAGAAAAAUUUAGAUGCCUGUCCCAAUCCUAGAGAGUGGUUGGAGCAGAAUGUUGAGGGGCUGUCGGCUUCUUCUUCUGAGGUGGGUGCUUUGUUUUCUCAAUUUGUGCAAUUUCCGAAGGAUAUGGAAGUUUGGGACAGUUGUACUGGGUCAGGUGCUUGUGACCGGAUUGAUUCUGCCUUGCUGCAGCUUAUUCAAGGGAAUGCCGUGGUCCGUCGCAAGGUGGAGGAGACUGCGGCGUUGGAGUUGAGGCAUGAGAAAGAGAGGGCUGCAUUACGGGACUCUAUGUCUGCGGAGAGGACGAAGCUGAACAAGCAGCAUCAAACAGCCCUGGAUCGUGUUAAGAUCCUAGAGAAGAAAGUUUCUGACCGUGAAGCUACGUUGUUGCAGCUUCAGGCUACAUGUGAGAGGUUGUCUCAAGAGCAGCAGAAUAACAAAAGGGAUGCAAAUAUUUAUGUGAGCGGAUGCUUGACUGACUUUUGUGCCACCGUGAUCAAGAUAGUACGUGAAGACUAUCCCGACUAUGACAUCAACAAGUUUCUGUCAAUUGACCUCCGGGCUCUGGGUCAACGCGUUGCGGCUAAGGUGGCUGCCAAGAAAGCUGGGUCGUCUGUAUCACCGGUGCUUCCUUCUGAUGUUAUCAGCGAAGGUGUGAAAGAUGCUGUAGAUCCUCCUGAGAAAUUAUCGGGUUCUGACCCAGAUGCUGGUAGUGACAAGGGUCCUCUGGGUCAAUCCUCCGCGUCAGAGACAGCUUUGGUAUUAGUCCCAGACUCUCAUCUUUCUGAUGCUCAGGAUCAAGAUCCCUCUGCUUCUGAUGUAAUCGAGGAAACUUUGGAGGACAAGAUUCCGGAAGAUACGAUUGGUCCAAAGGAGGGAGCGACCCAUCCAGAGGAAGAGUGAUUGGCCGUUUGUUGGGCCGUUUAGCUAGCUUUCUAAUUUCUGUACUACUUUUGCUGUAGCACUUCUGUACUUUUAUUUCUUUUGCUUGGAGGGUUUCAUGGGAAACUCUCCUUUUUCUGUCAUUUCUGAACAUUUUCGAUACUUUAUGAAUGUUGUUUCUGUUUGCUUUU